UGAUGGGGGUGGAGGGAGCGAAACGUUUCAAGAUGAGAGCUGGAGCGAAAUGGGCUACCCACAUGGCAGGUGUUGGAUAUCGAUACUUUGUAUUUAACUGGUAAGGUUCUCGGAUUUGGAGCUCACGGUAUUUGUAAUCGAUGGGAUGGAAUGUGACGUCAUCACGUAUACGGACCCAACCUCCAAGAAAAGUAAAGGCCGAUGGGGAUGCUGCCACAACCGAUCGAAUAUGCGUUUUACAUCGCCACCGUUAUCUUUGUCUUUAUUGCCUCCUUGACGUAUGCCUUUUCGUCGCCGUGGAUGUUCUUCGCGGCGUUGUGGGCAUAUGUGGUUGUUGUGGGUAUCCUUGCCAGUAUUGUUUUCGCCAUAGUCUAUGCCAAGUUCGCGAGGAGGGUCCUGCUGGCCGCUCUCCGUCUGACACAGACCUGCGCACAGCUACCUCUAUGGGUCAUCCGCCAUGUACCCGGGCUGAAGCAGGUCGUGGAGGUCUCGUUGAUCGUAUACUUCUACGUCUCCUUCCGGUUUCUGUUAUUGGCAGAUCGAGUUGCACGCCACUCCUUGCGCAUCAUUCUGCCUUCUCUGGCACAUCCCUCGAAAGCACCAAUCUCCAUCGCCAAUGCUUCAUACCCGACCUUCACCCCAGCUGGAGAGUUUUCCACAGGCUACCGCACUCAAAGUGCUGGGGAGCCAGAACAAUGGGAUCUAAAAGCUGCAAUCAGCCUCGCGAACAUCUCCCGCCUCUCCUACGAAGACCCCGCCCUCAUCCGCUACGAACUCGCCCUCGCCGGGUACGACCUUUCAACCCUUCGCAUCAUCCAUUACCACAACACCGCCGGCUUUGUCGUCCGUCAUGCUGCAACAUUGAACGUGGUCGUCACGUUCCGCGGAACGGACAUGCUGAAUUUAAUGCAUGUCUUUACGGAUUUGCAGAUGGGGAUGGUUAGCCUGGAUGAGAUUGAUAGAAUGGAUGAGGAGAGGGAGGGGGAGGACGUGCAGACGAAAAGGAUGGGGAAGGUGCAUUAUGGGUUUUUGGAUGCGUUGAGGUUGUCGACUACGAGACAGUUGACAUCACCUCAGGCCGAAGGCAUGAAUGCCAUAUCAGCCGUCCGUAUCGAUGCUGGUACAGAUCAUGGAGAGGCGGAUCAGAGACCUACGACAAUAGAGCUGGACUCUACCACACCAGAGCGUACGGUCAUGAGCAGCAUCAAAGCUCUCGCGCAAACCACAAAAUUCGCCAUCUCCUCCCUCUGGACGCACACCCGCCACCCAAUCGACCCAAUCUUCAGCGGCCGCUCAGAGCGAAACAUCACAGCCUACGCACAAACUGUCGCCGCGAUUAACGAACUUCACCAGCCCGAGAAAGGUGGGCGUGUCUUUGUCACGGGACAUUCUUUAGGUGGUGCGCUUGCGUUGGUGUUUUUUGCGCAAGCAAUUAGGGAGAAGGAGAAGUGGGUUGGUGAGACGUGUGUUUAUACGUAUGGGAUGCCAAGGUGUGGAGAUGAAGUGUUUAAGGAGUGGAUGAAGCCUCAUGCGCAGAGAAUCUUUCACGUGACGCGUUCCCUGGCGAAGAAAAGAAGUAGGAUACUUCAUCCCCUCGAUCUUCCUCGGCCAGUCAAAGCAAUACGAACCCUACGCCGACCCACCCGGAACCCUUGUACACAUCUCUUCCUCCUCCCACCUGACCUUCCCGCCCAAACUUGCACGCAUCAAUUUACUUAAAUUACAAGGAGUCUUGGAUUUGAGCAUUGUUCGACGGAUGCGGAGU